CAUCAGUAGAAAGCAGCAGCAUUUGGGAAACACAGCCACAGGCACAUUCGCUGAGCUAUGUAGUAGUGUUAGCCGUGUUGAUCUACUGUUUCCACAGACCCCGAAAGGUCUACCUGAUGGACUUCAAAUGCUACCAACCCCCGGCCCACCACCGCGUCACCGCCACCACCUUAGCCGAGCACAUGGAGCUCAUCGGCACCUGGUCUCAACAAUCCAUGGAUUUCCAAAACAAAAUGAUCCAGCGCUCGGGCAUCGGCAACCACACGUGCCUCCCGGAGGGCAUGCACAAGUUCCCGAUGGACCACUCCCUCUCCGCCACCAUCCACGAGAUCCACACCGUCUUCUUCCAAAUCGUCCACAACCUCCUCACCGAAAACAACGUCCAUCCCCGCGCCAUCGACGUCAUCGUCACCAACUGCAGCCUCACCUCGCCCACCCCCUCCCUCGCCUCCAUGGUCGUCAACAGGUUCGGCUUCCGAAGCAACGUCAAGGCCUACAAUCUCUCGGGCAUGGGGUGCAGCGCUGGCAUUCUCGCUCUCCAUCUCGCUAGGGAUGUUUUGAACGUGCACGGAAACUCCUUGGUUUUGAUUCUGAGCAUGGAGUCCGUGGCCGCUAACUUCUACAAAGGGGACACCAAAUCCAUGCUCCUUUCCAACUGCUUGUUCCGCAUGGGAGGCGCCGGGGCCCUCCUCUCCAACCGCCCCCGCGACCGGCCCCGCGCCAAGUAUGAGCUCGCCCACAUCGUCAGGACCCACCUCGGGGCCAACAACGACGCCUAUGACUGCGUAAUGCAGCAGCACGACGCCAAGGGCCACACCGGCGUCGCACUCUCCAGGCUCAUUACACAGGUGGCAGGGGAGGCGCUGAAGGAGAACAUGACGGCGGUGGGGAAGGUGGUGCUGCCGUAUUGGGACCAGGCGGCGUACGUGUGGGGCGGGAGCGUGCCGGAGUUGAGGAAGGGGAUAGAGCAUUUCUGCAUCCAUGCGGGAGGGAAGGCGGUGAUCGAAGCGAUGAGGGAGAGGCUGAGGCUGAGGGAGAGGGACGUGGAGGCGUCGAAGAUGACGCUGUGGAAGUUCGGGAACACGUCGUCGUCGUCCACGUGGUACGCGCUGGCAUGCUUGGAGGCGAAGGGGAGGGUGGAGAGAGGGGACAAGGUGUGCCAGCUGACGUUUGGGAGUGGAUUCAAGUGCAACACCGCCGUUUGGAAGUGUGUCUCUCCACCUAGGAUUCAAGCUUCCAAUGUCUGGUCUACUGAUAUCCAUAUGUAUCCUCUUCAUCUUCCGCCAUCACCAUGACUUCAUUCAUUGUUAUUUACUCUACAAUAAAUUAAUUAUUCAAAAUUAAUUAGAAUGGAGAUGGACAAUGUAUCUGAGAAUGUGUGCAUUGCGUGUCUCAAGUACUACAGACAGUAAUGCUAUUCCAUGCUGCUUUCUCAGUAUUCACUUUCAAAACAAGACUUUUGUCAUUGAUUGUUUUUCUUCAA